AUGAACUUCCGCCCAGAAUACAAGGAAUACUUCAAGCAGGGAUCAACAGCAAAAAUAUAUGACGGAGUAUUUGAGGACAUGGGAUUCUACGACGAGGUGGAUAUAAAGGAAUUCAAGUACAAUAAGGAGGACGAGACAUUUUACUAUCCAUGUCCUUGUGGGGACAACUUCGAGAUAUCUCUGGAAGAUCUGAGGAAUGGAGAGGUUGUUGCAAGAUGCCCGUCGUGUUCGUUGAUAAUCUGUACAGUGUAUGAGGCCGAGGACCUUGAGGCAUAUUUCUGA